AUAUUUUCCAAAAUUACGCACACAUACAAAUGCAACACAUGGACAACACAUGUAAAAUUACAAAAACCAAUGUAAAACAAACGGAAUCUAAUCACAAUUACCAUCGUUGUAUUCUAUUCUUUGAAAAAUAUUAAAUAAAAUUUUAAUUAUUAGUGUUUAACAUGUCGAAAAAUUAAUGUAAAUGUUGUAAGGUGCUGCACUACUAUUUAUGAACAUAACUGUAUAUGCAAACACAUUUUUCGAGAAUAUCAAUAUAAAAAAUGAUGCAUUAUAGUAAAGCAGAAAACUUGGAACAGGAAUUGACCAUAAAUGACCUCCCUUUUGAUGAUUUUAUCCCAAAGAAUUCAAAGAAUUUUUUAUGGAUGCAGGUUAAAGGUGGCACUAAAGUUAGAAAUGUGGUGGAAUAUGUUCACUCUUCUUUAAAUAAGGGAGAAUACCGUAUGUUAGUAUGGAGUGGCUCAGGCGGGGGUGUUAUCAAGACAAUUUCCUGUGCCGAGAUUCUGAAACAACAACAACCACUCUACCAGGUGACCCGCAUGGCCUACACGGAUGUGGAGGAGUAUUGGAAACCCCAAAUAAACGGUCUUGAAGAAAUUAUUGUGAAACGUCGUAUACCUGCAAUACACAUUCUAAUGAGUAUAGAUAAGUUAAAUGAAAACAUCGAAGGAGUUGUCAAAAGAUUCCAGAAUUCAAACACUAGGACUGACUUUUGGCGAGACAAUCAGAAGCAGCAGCCGAAGUUCCAUUCUGCAGCGGCAUCUAUGAAAUCUUCUAUUGACAAGGCGCAUCCACAUUAAUAACACAGCACAAUAUAAACAAUAAAAACUUUGAUCAAAAUUUUAAACGCAA